GAUUAUUGGCCACUGCACAGGCAAAGGCAAAGUCUUCACAGGAGAGAGAAUCAUAAAUUCAUAAUCCAUAUUAGGUGAUAAAGAAUUUAAAAAUCAGCCCCUUCGUUUGUUUAAGGAGUUGGAGCGGACAGUGCAGUGGCGGUCUGAGCUCGUCUCUGGUUUUGGAUAAAGGUGGAGACUUCGGGGUUUUUUUAAACUGUUUGUUUUCUGUUUUUCUGUUUGGUGAACGGGAAUUUUUUUUCCCGGAAAGUGCUGGCCAUGGGAAAAUCGUUCAAGGACUCUCUUAAAGCGCUUGAAGCAGAUAUUCAGCACGCCAAUACUGUGGCUUUAGAUUAUCCAAGGGAGAAAGAUGGAGCACGUCUCCAGAUGAGACUAUCCUACUGUCCGGUGGCAAACUUUUUUCUCUUUCUUGUCCAGUGGACUGACUGUCACCUUGCUGGGGCCCUUGGUUUGCUCAGAAUUCUUAUUUAUAUGACGUAUCCCGAUGGAAAGACCACCAUGUCAGUUUAUGAAAGGAAAGCCAGCAUUAGAGAAUUUUAUGGUGUGAUAUUUCCUUCUUUGCUGCAACUUCAAAGAGGCAUCACAGAUUUAGAGGAUAGGAAGCAGAAAGAGGUUUGCACUGUCAGAUACAAAAGAAAGGAGGAGUUGGACAAGGGAAAACUCUCUGAAAUUGACAUCGAAAGAGAAAAAGAGUGCGGAAUUUGCAUGGAGGUGAACAAAAAAGUUGUGUUACCUAACUGCAGUCAUACAUUGUGUUUGAAGUGUUACCGGGACUGGCGUGGGCGGUCUAAGUCGUGCCCCUUUUGUCGUGAUAGCCUCAAAAGAGUCAACUCAGGCGACCUUUGGAUCUACACUGAAAAAUGUGAUGUUAUUGAUUUAUCCACAAUAUUAAGAGAGGACCGCAAGAGACUUUUUAUGUACGUUGAAAGAUUGCCUCUUGUUGUUCCAGACCCUGCAUUUCUACCCUAUGAUUCUCAUGUUCGGUGAGACUCAUGUACAGCUUUUGGGAACUACUUGUAGAUAAAAAGCCUGAUUGUACUGUGUAAUUCGUAAUCUUUUAAAAUGUAAAUGCACUUUGGCCAUAGUUCUGAUUGCCUUAAGAGUAACUUGAAAAACUGGUUCUGCGUAAUAGCACAUGUUUCGUUCUUUCCUUUUGAAA